AGUCAUGUGACCGUCUUUGUCAUAUGACUUAUUGGGAAGAUGUGUUGGUUAAAGAAGUAAGGCAAGAUAAAAGAGAGGCUUUCGCGCGAUCUUUGCUGUGUGUUUCUGUUCUGAAGAAGAAGAAAUCUGAGAAGGAAGUCAAACAUGGCAGCAUGGCGGCUCUCUGCACUGUGGUUACUACUCUCUGCUUUGGCGCCUUCGUGUGUCCUCACCGUCAACCCUUCCCAGAUUGAUCCCCUGGUGUUUGAGGAGCAGCUCCUGUGGGUGAGUGGGUCCCAGGGCCAGGUGAAUACCUACAGGAUCCCGCUGCUCACCUUCACCCCCAAAGGAAGCCUGCUGGCGUUUGCAGAAGCCAGGAAGACUUCUUUUGCUGACCGUGGAGCGAAGUUCAUUGCAAUGCGGCGCUCCACAGACAAAGGAGCCACCUGGUCCCCGACCAGCUUCAUCGUCGAUGACGGGAUGAAGCCGGACGGCCUGAACUUAGGCUCUGUUGUGGUGGACGAGGAAGUGGGCUCAGUGAUUCUGAUCUACGACGUGUGCUUCUACCUCGACCACUGCAGCCCACCCAGCAUCAUGAUGGUGGAGAGCCGGGACGACGGCCUCAGCUGGACCCCGCCCAGAAACCUCUCGGUUACGCUCGGGGUGAAGAACUUCAUUCCCGGGCCGGGUCUCGGCCUCCAGAAACGCUUCAAUCCCGCAAAGGGGAGGUUGGUGGUUUGCGGUCACGGGACGCUGAACGGCGACGGUGUUUUCUGCAUCCUGAGUGACGACCACGGGGAAACCUGGUACAACGGUGCGGCGCUGAAAAGUAUCCCCUACAACCACAAGAAGAAACCACAAGACUUUAACCCUGAUGAGUGCCAGCCGAUUGAGUUGACUGACGGCACCAUCGCCAUCAACGUGCGGAACCAGAACAGAUACCACUGUCAGUGUCGCAUUGUGGUGCACAGCUAUGAUGGAGGGUUGACCCUGCCCUUGGAGGGCCUGAUCUUUGACGAGGCACUGGUGGAUCCUGUAGUGGCAGCUGGAACUCUGCAAAAAGAGGGCGUGAUCUACUUCACCAACCCCUGCAACGAGGAAAAGAGAGUGAACCUAACCUUGAAAUGGUCGCUGACAAACGGCAAAUCUUGGGAGAACAAAGCUGUCCAGAUAUGGGCGGGACCGAGCGGCUACUCCUGCAUCACUUCACUGGACAGCGGUUCUGCAGAGGACCGCAAGUACAUCUUUGUCAUCUACGAGAAAGGCCACAAUCAGUAUUUUGAGACUGUCUCGUUCGCCAAGAUCCACCUGUAUAGUGGCCAUUAAAGCAGACGAGAAGGUAGGUAGAAAAGAUUGAAACACUGCAAGAAAACUAAGAGGGUUUUUUAAUUCAUCGAAUUUCUCAGGAACGCAAAGAGACUUUAAAACAAAUUUUAUGAUGUCAAAAAAAUGGAGAGACAAGGAUCUGCACAAUGAAUGUCACUCUAUUUUUGAUUAAAAAUCUUUUUUUAAAUUUUUUUUCUAUCCUUUACAUUUUCCAAAGCUGAUUUAUGUCACAGCUCUUAUGUGUGUUUUGGUAAAUAGCCGCAGAGCCACAAUAUUCUUACAGACUCCUGACCUCACACAGGAAUGAUGAAGCAAGAGAUGCUGAAAAAACUACCACCCUUUCUUUUCUGAGCUACCUUACUGAUAUAUCAUUGAAAUGACAGUAAAACUGAUACAGUCAUAGACAUCUGGCUUUAACCAGGCCACGACGCAUGCACAGUGUGGCCAAAAUCUUGAGCUGCAUAGAGACGUCAAACUCAUUUAAAUCGUGGGCCUGGCCAGUGAAACCCCCUUUUCUGUCGCUGUAAAGAAUUUUAACUGCACAUUUAAUUCCUGAGAUCUCCUAAUAUAAGAAAAAGAAGACCAAUUUCAACAGUAUGUAAAUAAUAGAAAAGGUUCUGGAUGCUCAUUGGCCAGACUGUCAGGUAAUUUUUAAACAGAAAGUUGAAUGGCCAUCGGGGAGGUCUUUACUAGUAGUAAAAGUUGUGAAAAUGCAGUUAAAAGUCCACAAUUUAUGCGCACCUUCACAUUUUUCAAAGCUGCUCAGCGGGCCAAAUGGAGUCUGUGCCAGUCUGAUUCUAGCCCCCGGACCUUAUCUUUGACACCCCUGGUGUAGUCACAUAAGUGAACUUCUUAAAUAUACAAGAUGCCUCAAAUUCUGAAAUCAGUUCUCCUCUUAGAAAACUGAUGUAAAAUAUUAAAUUCAGGUACUUGUGUGAUCGAAUGUGUGAAAAAAACAAGGUGCUUAAUGUAACCGAAGGAAUUAUAUUUAGAUUUUUAUAGAAAAUGCUGCGUUGUUUUUUUUUACCUGUGGGUUUUAAAUGUCCAGCUGAGUCCAUUAGAUCUGCUGUAAUAAUAAUAAUAGUUUCCUUGUGUACUGUAAUUGCAUUAAGCAACACUUUUCUGGUCUUACUGACCACUCUGAGCACUUUAAAAUACAAGUCGGGUACAUUAAAUGUGCGGUAGCUGAUUUUCUUCCUUGUAAUGAAAUUGUUCUUGUUUCUGUUUCUAUGAUGGAAAAAUGUCACUUUAUGUUUUUCUCUGAGUGCCUGUUUGAUAUAAAUAUGGCUCUAAUGUAGGAAAGAAUUUCCUUUUUUCACAGUUUUAAAUUGUAAAAUGUUUAUUACUUUUAUUUUCCAACAUACUUCUGUUUUUAUUGUUUAUUCAGGGAUUUAGUUGGGAUGUGAAAACACGGGGAGGAUCUUUACUAAUCAGCUGUACGGCAAAUCAACAAAUAAACUGUUUCAUGAAGUUGUACAUGUGAAGUUGGAUUUUUUAAAUAUUAUUUUAAAUAAAAUCUUCUUUUUACUUUCUGCA